CAAUUUUUUUUUUUAAAAUCAAUUUAUUUAUUUGUUAUAGCAUACAAAGUACAAUGAAAAUGAAAGAGAAAAGCAUUUAAAAAUAUAAAGCAAAAUUAUUUCUAUAUUUAGGUCUCCUACAUCUAAAAAAAUCCAAGCUUAUCUGUCUUGUAAAAGAUUAAAACACCAAAAAAGCAAGAAGAAUGGGUUGUACUUACAAAGUUGCACCAGAAUUAGAAAAAUUGCAAAUUGGCAAACACAACAACACCCAACAAAAAAAAAUAAAAAAUCGUAAGAAGAAGAGAGUAGAGUGCAGUGUGUUUGUGUGUGCAGUGAUUGGUAAGAACGAAUCAAAUUGUCGUCAUCGAAGCUGCCAUUUCCAUUCCCACCAAAUAAAGCAUCGCAUCGCUUUCUCUCUCCUCUUCACCUUCCUCCAUUUUUCCCCAUUCCUCUUUCUCUCUCCACCUUCUUCUUCUUCCUCCUUUUCUAGAGAGAGAAACGCUGAGAGAAAGUUGCAGAGGAGAGGAGAGAGAAAAUAGUGUUGUUGAAGCUUUUUUGUUGGCGCCAAUGGCGAAUCAACGGCGGCGCCACCACCAUCUCCACCACAGCAACACCAGCAUCAGCCGCCUUUCUCGCCGAUUUCUUCCCGUUGUUACCGCCAUCGUUGGUGUCUUCUUCCUCUGCUUCUUCGCUCUCUCUCUUCUCGCUCCUCGUCCUUCUCGCCUCCUUCACCACGGCCGCACUCGCAGCUCAUCUUCGUCUUCUUCGGAUGAUGAUGCUUCCGUCGGAGAUUCGAUCUCUUCUGUUCCGGAUGUUGGAGGAAAAUCUAAACAUGAUAUUUGGAGGUCUAGAGAUUCUGAAUUUUUCUAUGGUUGUAGCAAUGCCAGCAGUAAAUUUAUGAAAGCUGAUACUAUCACACGUCCAAGUCGUUAUUUGAUGAUUGCUACAAGUGGAGGCUUGAACCAACAAAGAACCGGGAUAAUUGAUGCAGUUGCUGCAGCUCGUAUCUUAAAUGUCACUCUCGUUGUGCCAAAGUUGGACCAGAGAUCUUAUUGGAAGGAUGCUAGUAAUUUUGAGGACAUCUUUGAUAUUGAUUGGUUCAUAUCCUUCCUAUCAAAUGAUGUGAAAAUCGUAAAAGAACUCCCAAGCGGACCAAAAGUCACAACCAUGCGAGUUCCUAGGAAGUGCAAUGAAAGAUGCUAUGAAAAGCGAGUUUUACCUGUUAUAAUGAAAAGGCAUGCUGUUCGGCUUACCAAAUAUGAUUAUAGGCUUGCAAAUCGGUUGGAGACAGAUCUUCAAAAGCUAAGAUGCAGGGUUAAUUACCAUGCUUUGAAGUUCACUAGUCCCAUACUAGAAAUGGGCAAAUUCUUGGUACAGAGGAUGAGAGCCAUGAGCAAGCAUUUUAUUGCUCUCCAUUUAAGGUUUGAACCUGAUAUGCUUGCAUUCUCAGGAUGCUAUUAUGGUGGAGGGGAUAAGGAAAAAAAAGAACUGGGUGCUAUAAGAAAGAGGUGGAAAACUCUGCAUGGAAGCAAUCCAGACAAGGCAAGGAGGCAGGGAAGAUGCCCACUCACUCCAGAAGAAGUGGGGUUGAUGCUGAGGGCUUUAGGUUAUAGCAAAGACGUUCAUAUUUAUGUGGCAUCUGGUGACGUGUAUAGAGGAGAAGAAACCUUAGCUCCACUAAAGUUGCUCUUCCCCAAUUUCCAUUCCAAAGAAACGAUAGCCAGCAAAGAGGAGCUAGAAUCAUUUUCCAGGUUUUCUUCUCGCAUGGCAGCACUUGACUUUAUUGUUUGUGAUGAAAGUGAUGUCUUUGUCACUAACAACAAUGGAAAUAUGGCAAAGAUUCUGGCAGGACGAAGGAGGUAUUUUGGUCAUAAGCCCACUAUUCGCCCCAAUGCUAAAAAGCUAUCUAAGCUUUUCCUGAACAAAGGUAACAUGACUUGGGAAGAGUUUUCUUUAAAGGCUCGUUCUUAUCAGAGAGGAUUCAUGGGUUUGCCACAUGAGGUAAGACCUGGCAGAGGUGAGUUUCAUGAGAAUCCAGCUUCAUGCAUCUGUGAAGAUUCUGAUGCCAAGGCUAUGAGAGAUGCAAAUCUACGGAAAUUUGGGUCAGGGAAGGAUCCCACCAAGAAAGAAGAAGAGACCAAGGAUCAUGAAGCUGAUGAUGAGUCGGAACCAACAGACCCAGACACUGAUGGAGAUUUGCUGCUUCAAGAGAGACAGCCAGCAAAUGAGACCAUGCUAGAUUAUGAAGGAUUUUUGACCGAUGAACCUGAAUUAGAAGAUAUAUUAUCAGACUAGACAAUUUUGCCCUUAAGAGAGAUAUUUUGUCUUUUUCUCUGGGAUAACACGGAUUCUGGAGUAAGCUGGGAGCUGAAAUUGUGAGGUCCUGCCUACAUAUGAGAAUCUGUACAAAGUUAAGCAGACACAAUGAGGCUCACGACUUCUAAGCGUUCAUUGAAAGAUUAUGCAACUUUGAAUCUGUGUACAUUGCUACAAUUGGUCGGAUGCAGAGAUCUUUAUACCAACUUGGAGAAGUGCCACUGGUACGAUUUCAGACUACCCUUUCUGUUGGGGUACAAAUGACAUGCUUAAUACAAGUUUGCCGCUUUUACAGAUUAGAUAGUUUAUUUUGUAGUUUAAUAUUUUCCAACUUAUUCACCUCUUCCUGAUAAUAUUGCCAUAUAUAUAGUAGAUUUAGCUUAGUUAGUGUAUCAAAUUAAUUGGUAGUAAUUGCUGAUCA